UUAAAGCAGCUUGCAUCCUCCUUCCUUAUCCCCCUGAUCUCUCUACCUCUAGAGAGCUAUUCUCCCAACAACACAUCAACCUUUUAAAGAAAUUCCAGCCAACAAAAAGAGAAAAAAAAAAAAAAAGUCUUAAAUUUUUAUAGAGAGCGGGGAGAGAGACCCACCAAAAGAUUAAACUAAGGGGGUUUCACUCACAGUCUCUCAUAAAAAAGCUAGCAUUAGACUGUACCUAUUUCCAUGCGAUCAUGGAAGGAGGUGAUGAUCAUCAGCUCCACCGCCCAAAUUUCCCGUUUCAAUUGCUUGAAAAGAAGGAAGACGAACCCUGUUCUACCUCUACUGCCGGCUACCCUUCCCUCGCCAUCUCCCCCGUCGCCGAACCCCACGCCGUCCAACCCGGUACUGCUUCCGCAGAACCCUCCAAGAAGCCUCCUCCCAAGAGAGCUUCGACCAAAGACCGACACACCAAGGUCGAUGGCCGCGGCCGCCGUAUCCGUAUGCCUGCACUGUGCGCAGCUAGGGUUUUUCAGCUUACACGCGAGCUGGGACACAAGUCUGACGGUGAGACCAUCGAGUGGUUGCUCCAACAGGCUGAGCCCGCCGUGAUCGCCGCCACUGGCACCGGCACCAUCCCCGCUAACUUCACGUCCCUUAAUAUAUCUCUCAGGAGCUCCGGCUCUAGCAUGUCCGUCCCCUCCCAACUAAGAUCCUCCUACUUCAAUCCAAACUUCUCGAUGCAGCAACAAAGGAGAAGUUUGUUUCCGGGAAUUGGGUUAUCAUCCGAAAGCGGCACGUCCACGCUUCUCAAUUUUCAGUCUUCUAGCAGCAUGAACUCCAUGCUGCAAGCGAAGCAAGAACUGCGGGACACGACAUCAUCGUUGGACUUGUCGGAGACGACGGAGGAGAGUAUGGGAGGGAGAAAGAGGAGGCCAGAGCAACAGGACCUAAUGUCUCAGCACCAAAUGGGGAGCUACUUGUUGCAGUCGAGCACGGGGGCCAUUCCGGCGAGCCACGGCCAGGUUCCGGCUAACUUUUGGAUGGUUGCUAACUCUAAUAACCAAGUCAUGAGUGCUGACCCGAUAUGGACGUUUCCUUCAGUUAAUAAUAGUGCUGCUGCUUUGUAUAGGGGUACCAUGUCUAGUGGUUUACAUUUCAUGAAUUUUCCUCCCCCUGUGGCCCUAAUGCCGGGCCAGCAAUUGGGGUCAUCAGGAAUUAGUACUGGUGGUGGUAGUGGUGGGAACAGCAGUAUGAGUGAAGGGCACUUGAAUAUGCUUGCAGGGUUUAAUCCUUACCGACCGAUGUCCGGUACAAGUGUUUCGGAGUCUCAGGCGAGCGGUUCUCACUCGCAUCACGGUGGCGCCGGCGAUGAUCGGCACGAUACAACCAGUCACCAUUCAUAGAUCGAGAUGCAUGAUCAUCUUCGAUCCCCCCCCCCCCCCAACAUGUUUUAGCAGUUUGAUGAUUUGUAACACACGAGGAUUGAUUGCACUUAAAAAGAAUUUGAGUUUCAUUUUCAUAAUUUCCCAAAUAUAUUUUUUUUGUGUGUGAUUAAUAUGAGGUUUUUUAGGGUUUGGGAAAGACCCUAUAUAUUUAACA